UAUUAAAUAGCCCUGAAGGUAUCUGGUAUGAUCUAAUUUUUAUCGGUGCCUGUUUGGCUUCACUCUUUCUACAAGCAUCUUCAUUUGACAGUGCCCAAACUAAAGAUGGCGGCGCGGGCGCUGAGCGGACCAUAGAGUCUCGGGGGCUAGAGAGGCGCGGGCGGACCGCGGCGGGCAAACACGCCCAGGCUCGCCGGCUUGGGAAGGAAGUCCGCAGUGGGGCCGGCUCUCGGCGGUUCCUGCGACUGCGCGAAGAUGGUCGAGGAGAGCGUGCGCGUGGUUCGCUGCGGCGGCAGCCGGCUGAACUUCAGGAGGGCCGUCUUCUCGGCCGAUUCUAAGUUUAUCUUCUGUGUCUCAGGAGACUUUGUUAAGGUGUAUAGCACUGCCACAGAAGAGUGUGUACACGUUCUACAUGGGCACAGAAACCUGGUGUCUGGAAUUCUCCUCAACCCCAACAACCAUCUACAGCUCUACUCCUGCUCCUUUGAUGGCACAGUUAAGCUGUGGGACUAUCUCGAUGGCAUUCUGAUAAAGACGUACAUUGUUGGACCUAAACUCCACGCCCUCUUUAUUCCUCCCUGUGCUGAAGAGUCCAUCUUCCUUACAAUAAGUAAAGAAGAACCAGACAUAUUCCAGCUGGUUUCUGUGAAACUGCCGAAGUCAUCAAGCCAGGACGUGGAAGCUAGGGAGCUGUCCUUUGUUUUGGAUUAUGUAAACAGAUCACCCAAGUGCCUUGCCUUCGGAAAUGAGGGAGAAUACAUUGCUGCAGUGCGGGACUUUUACUUAUCGGUUUACUUUCUCAAAAAGAAAAAGACAUGCAAUUUUACAUUACCAUCAACCAAAAAUAAGAAGAAUGCUAAUAACAAGUUCACCUGUGUAGCCUGCCACCCAAAGGAAGACUGCAUUGCAUCUGGCCACAUGGAUGGCAAGAUCCGCCUCUGGAGGAAUUUUCAUGAUGAUAAGAAGUACACAUAUACGUCUUUGCAUUGGCACCAUGAUAUGGUUAUGGAUUUGGCUUUUACUGUGUCAGGCACUAGUCUGCUGAGUGGCGGGCGCGAGUGUGUGCUUGUAGAGUGGCAAGAUGGCUCAGAGAAGAACAAGGAGUUCCUCCCUCGCUUAGGGUCUACUAUCGAGCACAUCUCUGUCUCCCCUGCAGGAGACCUGCUCUGUACGUCUCACUCUGAUAACAAGAUAACAGUUAUUCACCGAAAUCUUGAUGCAUCUGCAGUAAUUCAAGGCCUAGUGAAAGAUAGGAGUGUAUCUACUGGCUUGAUGAUUGACCCAAGAACCAAAGCUUUAGUUCUGAAUGGAAAGCCUGGUCACCUGCAGUUUUAUUCUCUCCAGGGUGAUAAGCAGUUAUAUAAUUUAGAUAUCAUACAGCAAGAAUACAUCAAUGAUGACGGCCUAAUCCAGAUCGAACUAACGAAGGCUGCCUUCAACUGCUCUGGCACUUGGCUGGCAACAGUUGAACAACGGCAAGAAGAUGAAACUGAGCUUGAACUGCAAAUGAAGCUGUGGAUCUAUAGCAAGAAAACCCAAGGGUUUGUUCUUAACACAAAGAUCACCAUGCCACAUGAUAACCCCAUCACAGCUCUCUGUUUCAAUAAUGCAGAAAACCAUGAAAAACCCACACUGGUCACAGCUAGCAGAGACGGCCACUUCAAAGUGUGGGUGUUAGCAGAUGACUCUGAUAUAUAUAAAAAAGCCAUUGGCUGGACUUGUGACUUUGUGGGUAGUUAUCAUAAGUAUCAAGCAACCAACUGCUGUUUCUCUGAAGACGGCUCCUUACUAGCAGUUAGUUUUGAGGAAAUAGUUACAAUAUGGGAUUCAGAAACAUGGGAACUAAAAUGUACAUUUUGCCAACGAGCUGGGAAAAUCAGGCACCUGUGCUUUGGAAGAAUGACAUGCUCCAAGUACCUUCUCGGCACAACGGAGACUGCCAUUCUCUGCUGUUGGAACCUGCUCAGUUGUUCACUGCAGUGGAGUGCGAAAUUAAACGUUAGAGUGUUGGAACCCGACCCUUACUCAGACCAUGUUGCUGCGGUGUCUCAGUCUGCAGUGGGCUCAGAUCUGUUUGUGUUUAAACCCAGUGAGCCACGGCCAUUGUAUAUUCAAAAGAAUGUCUCCAGAGAGGAAGUCCAAUGGGGAGUGUUUGUCCCACGAGACGUCCCUGAAUCAUUCACCUCUGAAGCUCACCAGUGGCUGAACAGAUCCCAGUUUUACUUCCUAACUAAAUCACAGUGUUUAUUAACAUUCAGUACAAAGUCUCCAGAAGAGAAACUCACACCAACAAGCAAACAGCUGCUGGCAGAAGAAAGUCUGCCAGCGACCCCAUUUUCCUCUAUAUUGGGAAAACACAGGCGCCAGCAGGACGCAGGGUCGGACGGCACUUCAGAGAGUGAACUGAUUCAGCUCCCCUUAACGGAGAACAUACCUGCAGUUAACGAGCUCCUCCACACCCCAGCCCACGUACUGCCGUCGGCUUCUUUCCUGUGCUCCCUGUUUGUGAACUCCUUGCUGCUGUCCAAAGAGACUGAAAGUACUGAAGAAAUCCCUGAUGAUGUAGAUAUGGAAGAGAAAAAAGAAAGUGAUGACUCGGAUGAAGAAAAUGAUUUUACUGAAAAAGCCCAGGAAACAAAUAGCGCGGAUUUGGGGGAAGAUGUUAUACAUCAGCUGUCAAAAUCUGAAGAGAAAGAGCUGAGAAAGUUCAGAAAAGUAGACUACAGCUGGCUAGCUGCUCUGUAGGCCACGGCCAUGCACACGACACAGAGACAUGUUGUACUUUAACUUUUUACUGUCUGUUAAUACUCCAAAAAUUUUUAAAGUUAUUUUAUUCUUAAGACAAAAUAUUAAAAGUCUUUUGUUUAUGUGCUUGUUUGUUUAGAGUCUUAAUAAGUUGCUUAGGCUAACCUUGAACUUGAGACUCUUCUCAGCCUCCCACAUCAGUAGGUUUAUAGGCCUGCCCUGUCUGGUCAAGUUUGUGUGUUUAUUUAGAUAUUUUUACUUUAUGUGUGUGAAGGUGUUCCUUGCAUGUAUGUCUGUGUACCACUGGCUUCCCUGGUGCCUACCAAAGUCAGAUCAGGGCAUCGGGCCCCUGGAACUAGUUACCCAUGAUUGUGUACCAUCAUAAAGGUAGUAGGAAUCAAACCUUGGUCCUCUACAAGGAAAACAAGUAGUCUAAAUCACUGUCCCAACUCCAUUUGUGUCGGGCUGUACAGUUUUGGGUAUAUGCUUUAUCACUCUAGGUUUCUCUUGAGUCACAGAGGAGCCUUAUUUUCUGGUCAGUAUUGUUUCUAGGUGAGGUGACAGAGCCUACUGUAAUUUAUCCCUAUACCCUCAUCUUUAAUUUGAAGAUAGGAAAAGAUUUCAAAAGUCAAGAGGCUUUGCUGCUGUUACUUUUAAAUUUGACACCAAAAUUUUAUUGAUUUGCCAGAUGUGACUGAUUUAUUGGCACACCAGAUUUGAUUCUUUUUGGUUGAAUUUCCCAGUCUCUACCACUCAAGACAAAGUUUAAGCCACCCAGUUCAGUAGCAUUGUGUUAUAUUAGCACAAAUGGCCUAUAUUUUAAUCAAUACUAAACACCAACUAUACUGAGAUAUAACUCCUCACUCACACAUGUAAAGUGAACAAUUCAAUGAGGUCUGGUAUUUUUACAGAACUGUAUACCAGCAUGGAAUCCAACUUUUGAGCAACUUCAUCUCCCCACCCCUGCCAAAAAAAAAAAAA